UGGGGCAGUACAGGUUGCACUCAAGAGCUGUGUGACCUCAAAGCGCGGCUCACCCUCUCUGUGCUGCUGGAUAGCGUAGGUGUGGGGAGGGCCUCCUGGGGGUGUCUGGAGACCUGGAUUCCAGCCCUAGCUCUCUUAUGUCCUGGUGGUGCCCUGGAGGAGCCCCUCUUCCUCUCUGAGCCUUGGUUUCUGCAUCUGUGUAAUGGGAGUGAGCUGCCCUUCAGGGUGAUGGGAGCAGGGCUCAUGUGGUCUGACCCUGCAGAGCUGUUGCACAGAAAGGCAGAGCCUUAGACCUGGUCUGAGCUGGGAGCCUCUGUUUUUCAUCCGGGCCCUCCCAGGGCUGCAUGAACUUAAAGUCACCUGGUGAUAGACUGAGUCCCUGCACUCCUUGCUGCUGUGACGUGCCGGCAGCCUCCGGCCGUCCUGCCUGCCAGGCUAGGCCGCUCUUUGAGGGCCGCCCACUCUCCACCCUGUUCUGAGGCUGUCAGCUGCCCUUCCGGGGGUGCUAGGUGCCCCUCCGGGACCAGUGACCCAGCCCAGAGCUGUCUUCUAAGGAACAGAAGCUCUCUUGGGCCCUCCACUCCCUCCAGGCCUCAGGAAGACAAGCCUUCUGCGUGGUCCAGGAGUCUCCCUGGAGCAGAUUCUGUGGCCACAGGCUCCUGCAGUGCACAAGGGAGACCCCAGUUAUUCCUCCAGCCGUUUCAGCCAAACCCAUCUUUUGUGACCACCUACCUCCCUGGGAGGCUCAGGGCUGCCAUCCGCUGAGGAAGAGCCAUGAAGAAGCGGUAUGUGCUGCUGGCCCUGCUGGCCGUGGCCCUAGUGCUCCUUGUCAUCGGCCUCUGCCUCUGGCUGCCCUCGGCCUCCAAGCCACACAACCACGUGUACCCCAGGGCGGCUGUGGCCACGGACGCCCAGCGCUGCUCGGAGAUCGGGAGGGACGCGCUGCGGGAUGGCGGCUCGGCGGUGGACGCUGCCAUCGCGGCCCUGCUGUGCGUGGGGCUCCUGAACGCCCACAGCAUGGGCAUCGGGGGCGGCCUGUUCCUCACCAUCUACAACAGCACGACGCGAAAAGCUGAGGUCAUCAAUGCCCGCGAGGUGGCCCCUCGGCUGGCCUCUGCCAGCAUGUUCAACAGCUCAGAGGAGUCGGAGGAAGGGGGGCUGUCGGUGGCAGUUCCCGGCGAGAUCCGUGGCUAUGAGCUGGCACACCAGCGGCACGGGCGGCUGCCCUGGGCUCGCCUGUUCCAGCCCAGCAUCCAGCUGGCCCGCCAGGGCUUCCCUGUGGGGAAGGCCUUGGCAGCAGCCCUGGAAAGAAGCCGGGCAGCCAUUGAGGGGCGGCCUUCCCUGUGCGAGGUGUUCUGCCGGGACGGGAAAGUGCUGCGGGAGGGGGACCGAGUGAUCAUGCCUCGGCUGGCCGACACGUACGAGACGCUGGCCUUCGAGGGUGCCCAGGCUUUCUACAACGGGAGCCUCACAGCCCAGAUUGUCAAGGAUAUCCAGGAGGCCGGGGGCAUCGUGACGGCCGAGGACCUGAACAACUACCAGGCCGAGCUGAUUGAGCACCCGCUCAGUGUCAGCCUCGGGGACGCCCAGCUCUAUGUGCCCAGCGCCCCGCUCAGCGGACCUGUGCUGGCCCUCAUCCUCAACAUCCUCAAAGGGUAUAACUUCUCCCGGGAGAGCGUGAAGACCCCUGAGCAGAAGGGCCUGACCUAUCACCGCAUCGUGGAGGCCUUCCGAUUUGCCUAUGCCAAGAGGACCCUGCUUGGGGACCCCAAGUUUGUCAACAUGACUGAGGUGGUCCGCAACAUGAGCUCCGAGUUCUUUGCCGCCCAGCUCCGGGCCCGGAUCUCCGACAACACCACUCACCCAACCUCCUACUACGAGCCUGAGUUCUACACACCGGACGACGGGGGCACCGCCCACCUGUCCGUGGUCUCGGAGGAUGGCAGCGCCGUGUCGGCCACCAGCACCAUCAACCUCUACUUUGGUUCCAAGGUGCGGUCACGGAUCAGUGGGAUCCUCUUCAACGAUGAGAUGGACGACUUCAGCUCCCCUAACAUCAUCAACCAGUUUGGAGUGCCGCCCUCACCCGCCAACUUCAUCAUGCCAGGGAAACAGCCACUCUCGUCCAUGUGCCCAGCCAUCAUUGUGGGUCAGGACAGCCGGGUCCGAAUGGUGGUGGGUGCCUCUGGGGGCACGCAGAUCACCACGUCCACUGCACUGGCCAUCAUCUACAGCCUGUGGUUCGGCUAUGACGUGAAGCGGGCGGUGGAGGAGCCCCGGCUGCACAACCAACUUUUACCCAACACCACGACGCUGGAGAAAGACGUGGACCAGGCAGUGGCUGCAGCCCUGAAGACCCGGCACCACCACACCCAGGUCACUUCCACCUUCAUUGCCGUGGUCCAGGCCAUUGUCCGCACACCAGAUGGCUGGGCAGCUGCCUCAGACUCCAGGAAAGGCGGGGAGCCUGCAGGCUACUGAGCAAGUGCUCAGGCAGGCAAGGCGGGCUGGUAGAUUGCCCAGGGAUGAGAUCCCACCCGGACUGGGAGGGGGACUUCGGGGGACGUGCUUCCCCUGUGAGCGGCAAAGCAGUGCAAUAAACGGGGCUGCAGCGCCAGGCUCUGGGCAGUCUUGCUGGCCGGCUCCCGAUUCCCUGGG